GGAUAAGGACUUUAUUAGGACCAAUCAGAACACGCCAGCUGGGAUUCUGAGUUUUUGACAGAGUCCAACGUGUAUAAAGCGAAGCGUGGAACGAAACUUAUGUAGUUAAAUUAAGAAUUUCGUUGUAACAGCAAGUAAUUGAAUUAAAAAUUUUCGUACGUUUGUGUUACGACUAAAAACAAAUAUUUUCUACGUGAUACUUUUACAGAAACUUCAUUCAAAAUGAACAGUUCAGUGUUAUUAACCCUUUUUGCUAUUAUUGGAUUAACGCAUACUGUCACAGGUUUGAAAAAUGACGAAUGUGAAGUUUGCAUAAAGACAGUGGAAAAAUUUGUGAAUUCUUUAAGUGAAGAUAUGAAAAAAGAUACAAAGAAAAUAGAAGAAGCAUUCAAAGAAUUUUGUAAAGGCACUAAAUCUAAAGAAAACAGAUUUUGUUAUUAUUUAGGUGGUUUGGAAGAUUCAGCAACAGGUAUUUUAAGUGAAUUGAGUAAACCUAUAUCUUGGUCUAUGCCUGCAAAUAAAGUAUGUGAGAAAUUGAAGAAGAUGGAUGCUCAAAUAUGUGAUUUGAGAUAUGAAAAACAAAUUGAUAUUAACACUGUCGAUCUGAAGAAACUCAAGGUACGUGACUUAAAGAAAAUAUUAAGUGAUUGGGAUGAAACGUGUGAUGGUUGCAUAGAAAAAACAGACUUCAUUAAACGAAUUGAAGAACUGAAACCUAAAUAUUCUAAUAGUGCAAAAUCAGAACUCUGAAGAGUGUUCAACAAUAUAGAUAAAUUAUGUUAGUAUGGCUAAGCUAUUAAAUAUUCUUUUUUACACAAUUGAUUAAUAGUAAAUAUAAGUUAAUUGCAAAUAUAAUUUUGUAAAAUCAAUUUGUUUGUUGAAAGCCAGUAUAUGCAUUUAAUUUUCAUUUAAUAAUAUUGUACUUGAAUUAUGUUAAUUAAGCAAACAGUAUCUUGGAAUCUAAAUUCUAUGAAUUUAGGAAUAUCGAGCAAUGAAAUUGGUUUCAAAAAAACGUGAUUUCUGUUAGUGUAGCCAUGCUAAUACAAAGUACAUAAAUAUCAUACGAUGGUGCUCCGUUUUUAUCACAUCAAUGUUAGACAAAUAUAAAAGACUUCAAUUUUUCAAAUACCAAAUUAUUUCAUCUUCUUUAACAUAUUUUUAUCUUUCAUUGCUCUUCCUCAUAUAUUCUAAUACAGUACGUUUAUACGUGUAUGAAUCCUAUUUAUACCAAGAUACCUUGUACUAUAUGAACAGAUAUGUAUUUGUGAUGAAUCAUUAAUAAUGUGUUGUUAUAUAUGUA